UGUGGAAAUUCUCGGGAGGAGAGUUUGCAUUCUAAGCGCAUCCUUGUUACCAAAUUGCCUGCAAAAACAGAAGACUGCGAUUUAUUCGAUUAUUCCUCCAGACUUGGCGUUAUCACGGAGGUGUCCGUUCGGAAGAAGAAGAAGAAGAAGAAGAAGAAGAAGAAGAAGGGGCGUAGUUCUGCCCGCCAUGGCGUCGUCGUUUUCCAUGAACCGCAGUCGGCAAAGAAGAUGUUUGCUGCCCAGCCACACAUCUUAAAUGGGACCAAAAUCAAAGUUUCAGCGACAGGGAAGAACAACGCUGAUGAUGAGGAUACCAGGUAG